AUGGCUACUUCCUUUCAACGUCGUUAUUUGCUUAUCAAAGCUCAAAAGGCCAUUCUUUCCCCUCAACACCAACAAGCACCUGUUGAAGUACUUGUAGACCAAACUACUGGUAAAAUAAUCGAGAUUGCACUCGAUGGCAAGACUUGCACAACUGUUAUCGAAGCAAACCAGACAGAAGUGAUUCAGCUAAAACAAGACCAGCUAUUAAUGCCUGGUUUAGUUGAUGCACAUGUGCAUUUAAAUGAGCCUGGGCGUACAGAAUGGGAAGGAUUUGAAACAGGUACCAAGGCUGCUGCUGCUGGUGGUAUCACCACUGUGAUUGAUAUGCCUUUGAAUGCUAUUCCACCAACGACAACCGUAGCUAAUUUCGAUACAAAGCUUCAUGCAGCUGAAGGUCAAUGUCACGUUGAUGUUGGAUUUUGGGGUGGAGUUGUGCCUGAUAAUGCACACGAAUUACCUGCCCUAAUGGGAAAGGGUGUGCGCGGUUUCAAAUGCUUCUUGAUUGAAAGUGGUGUUGAUGAAUUCCCUUGUGUGAAUGAGGCAGAAGUACGUCUAGCUAUGGAUAAAAUGAUCCACUCUGACCGUGUCUUGCUAUUUCAUGCUGAAAUGGAAGGUUGUGGAAAAGUAGAAACAGACGAAAAAGAAGAUCCCCGUACGUAUGCUAGCUUCUUACAUUCUCGACCUCAGUCACUCGAGACCAAUGCAAUCGAUAUGAUUAUUCGCCUUACAAAAGAGUACUAUGAACAAGGUAAGCCUGUCAAUACACAUAUUGUCCAUCUAUCUGCUGCGUCUGCUGUUCCUGCUAUUCGUGAAGCAAAAGCUGCUGGUGUUCCCCUGACAGUGGAGACUUGCUUCCAUUAUCUCAAUUUUACUUCUGAGUUAAUUGAAGAUGGGGCUACUCAUUACAAGUGCUGUCCUCCUAUUCGUGAGGCUUCAAAUCGCGAGUCGCUUUGGGAAGCAUUACUUGAUGGGACCAUUGAUUAUGUUGUGAGCGACCAUUCCCCUUGUACAGCCCAACUCAAGAGACAAGAUACAGGUGAUUUUGGACAAGCUUGGGGUGGUAUUGCUAGUGUUCAAUUUGGUUUACCUGUCUUAUGGUCGGAGGGACGCAAGCGUGGUAUUACUCUCCAACAGAUUGCCAACUGGUUUAGUCUGGCACCUGCCAAAAGAACCAAAUUAGAGCAUAAAAAAGGUGAAAUCAAUGUUGGCAAUGAUGGUGAUUUUGUUAUUUGGCGUCCUGAAUCUACAUUUGAAGUACAAGUAUCCGAUAUUCAUUUCAAGAAUAAGCUAUCGCCUUAUAUUGGAAAAUCAUUUUAUGGCGUUGUGGAUCAAACUAUUGUCCGUGGAUCUACAGUCUAUCAUCGAGAAGCCCCUGGACUUUUUGCAAAGACUCCUUUGGGUCAUUCUUUACUUAAAUAA